UCGCUGUUCCGAGCACUUGCAGCCAUCAGAAGCGAGAAAGAUGGCGGUACGGGAACUCCAACUCGGAGUUUCUCUUCUUUUAAUUUUACUUAUCUCGCUGGAAAAAGUAUCUUGUCAAGUUUUAACGCCGCCUUAUUUUAAUCUUGCUGAAGGAAGAAAGAUAGUUGCAACUGCAACUUGUGGCGAAGACGUUUCAGAGCCGGAAUUGUUCUGUAAACUUACCGGUGCGACCGGCGGAGUUUCGGAACAUCGUUACACAGAUUCUGGCGAGGUCCCGAUCAUAAAGCAAGGGCAGCUGUGCGACUUCUGUAACCCGAACGACCCAGAGCAUGCCCAUCCCCCGGAGCAGGCGAUAGACGGCACAGAAAGAUGGUGGCAAAGCCCUCCUCUCUCUCGUGGACUUGAUUACAAUGGAGUCAACCUUACCAUCGACCUGGGACAGGUCUUUCAUGUUGCCUAUGUAUUCAUCAAGAUGGCCAACUCUCCUCGGCCGGGUGUUUGGGUCCUGGAACGUUCCACCGACUAUGGACAGACUUGGAAACCAUGGCAGUACUUUGCAGACACAGAAAGCGAUUGUUACAACAUUUUCAAUAAACGAGCCUCUUCCCAGCCUGUAUAUGAUGAUGAUGCCAUUUGCACUGUGGAAUACUCAAAGAUAGUACCCCUUGAAGGAGGAGAGAUUGUUGUAUCCCUGGUCAAUAAUCGUCCCAGUUCCAUGAACUUCCACGCCAGUGACAAACUCCAAGAGUGGACAGAGGCUACCAAUAUCCGUCUCCGUCUCAUGAGGACAAAAACUCUGCUUGGCCACUUGAUGGCUGUUCAGAGGCAAGACCCAACAGUGACCAGAAGGUACUUCUACAGUAUCAAGGACAUAUCUAUUGGUGGGCGCUGUGUGUGCAAUGGCCAUGCUGACGUCUGUGACAAGACAGAUCCAAAUGAUCUGUACAAGCUUCUCUGCCGCUGCCAGCACAAUACGUGUGGUGCUCAGUGUGAGAUGUGCUGCCCUGGCUUUGUGCAGAAGAAAUGGCAGAGAGCUGACAACUUUAACACCUUUGAGUGUGAACGCUGCCAGUGCUAUGGUCACACAGAUGAGUGUGUGUAUAAUGCCACAGUAGAUGCCCUGGGUCUCAGUGUGGACAGACAGGGCAACUAUGAGGGUGGUGGUGUAUGCCAGAACUGCAGGGACAACACUGAGGGAAUCAACUGUGAGAAGUGUGUGUCUGGGUACUACAGACCCUUUGGAGUACCGAGGAAUGCCACUGAUGCCUGCAGACCCUGUAACUGUGACCUGAAGUUCUCCACUGGUGAUUGUGAGGAAGGAACUGGAAUCUGCAAAUGCCGUCCUGAGUACACUGGCAUCAACUGUGACAGUUGUGCUAAGGGCUACUAUGGCUAUCCUAACUGCCGGCCCUGUGACUGUAAUAUCAAUGGUACAGAGGGCGAGGUGUGUGAGGUGGGAGGUGGACAGUGCCCCUGUAAACCCAACUAUUCUGGUAUCUAUUGUGACUCCUGUGCCUUGGGAUACCACAGCUUCCCACAGUGUACUGCCUGUCGCUGUGACAGAAUAGGAUCUCUCAGCUCCAUCUGUAACACAGAGACUGGUGAUUGUACCUGCCGUAAUAACUUUGGUGGCAGAGACUGUGAUGUCUGUCAGGAUGGUUUCUAUGGAUACCCACAGUGUUCAACCUGUGACUGUGACCCUACUGGCACCGUGCCAGAGAUUUGUGAUAAGACUGGUGGUCAGUGCAUGUGUAAAGAGAACUUUGGUGGCCCACGCUGUGACCGCUGUGCUGCCGGAUACUAUGACUAUCCUCGUUGUGUUCCUUGUCAGUGUGCAGACCCAGGGUCAGCAGACAACUUCUGCAGUAACUAUGGCCAGUGUCGCUGCAAGGUUAAUUUCAGUGGACAGAACUGUGACCAGUGUGCCCCUGGCUACUACCGAUAUCCUGAAUGUUUGUCCUGUUCCUGUGACACCUAUGGUACUAUUGGUAUUAAUUGUGACCAGGUAACAGGCCAAUGUGCUUGUAAAGGCAAUUUCCAGGGACUGACCUGUGACAAAUGUGCUGACAACUUCUACAACUACCCAGUCUGUGAAGUGUGUAACUGUAAUCCAGCUGGGGCCAUGGAGGUGGCAGGUUACCCACUGGGUGGCUGUGGCUCUCACAGGACCCCAGGGCUGCUGUGCCAGUGUAAAUCCAGAGUGCAGGGCCACAUCUGUGACCAGUGUAAGCCAGGCUACUGGAACCUCAACAUCAACAAUGUGGAUGGAUGUGAAGGCUGUGACUGCUUUGGUCCAGGCACGGUGUCAGGAGAUGGGAUCUGUAACCCAGUCAGUGGUCAGUGUCAGUGUAAACCAUUUGCCAGUGGACGGCAGUGUUCCACCUGUGUGGAUGGAACAUAUAACUUGAAGGAUAACAACCUGUUUGGUUGCACAGACUGUGAUUGUGACAUGGGUGGCUCUCUGGACAACAACUGUGACAAGAACACUGGUCAGUGCACCUGUAGACCAAGGGUCAAUGGUAGAAGGUGUGACAAGCCUCUGAACACACAUUUCUUCCCCACCUUGUACCAACACCAGUAUGAAUUGGAGGAUGGCCGCACCCCUCAGAACACUGCCGUCAGGUAUGGUUACGAUGACAACACCUUCCCUGGAUACUCCUGGAGAGGGUAUGCCAUACUGUCUAGAAUUCAGCCUGAGGUGAUAGUAGAUGCCAGUCUCACCAAGUCCAGUCUGUAUCGUAUCAUCUACAGAUACGUCAACCGUGGCCCCUCUGACAUCACGGCAGACAUCGUUGUCACGCCACAGCUGGAGACCUCCACAGAUGUUAUACAGUCCAACCAGGUGGUCUUUAAGCCAACUACCAUUCCUGCUCUGGCUACAGCAGGCAGUGACGGCACCAUUGCGACCUUUGUGUUGAACAGAGGAAGGUGGGCCAUCUCUCUGAAGACCUCGGAGGAUGUGAUGGUGGAUUACCUGGUCCUGCUGCCACAGGAGUACUAUGAGGCCACAGUGCUCCAGGAGAGAGUGAACAAGCCAUGUGUCCUGCCUGACAGAGGGGAACCCUGUCUCCAUUAUGCCUAUGUGGAUGUGAGUAUUUUCCCCAGUGUCAAUGGUGACCAGGGAUAUGUGAUUCAGGAUGGUCAGAGGAUCAAGACACAGCUGUUGGACAACUCCAAGAUAGUGGGUGCCCUGGGUGGCAAGGACUUAGCCCUUCUCAACAAUGCACAGCAAUCUGUCUACCUUGAUGUAAUCCUCCCCAACCCUGGGAAGUAUGUGUUCAUAGUGCAGUACCACACCAGCAAGCCAGACAGACAAGAGCUGCAGGUAGAGGUGGCCAGCACUGAUGGUAGGGAGAAGGGAAAGGUGGCCAUAUACAAGUGUGACUACAGCAUGUUGUGCCGCCAGGUUGUCACAGAUGCAGAUGGUAAAGUGGCAGUAUUUGAUGUGCAGUCUGGAUAUGCAAGGAUCACUCUUACUGGGGACUUGGACACUGAUGUUGCCAUUGAAUCUGUGGUUGCUAUUCCUCUGGACCAGUGGAACUUUGGCUAUGUCUCUCCCAAGCUCAAGUGUGUGAGGAGAGAUGGAAAAUGCAUAGAAGGAGCUUUCCGUGCCCCUACUGGUUCUUUCAAAGUGGAGGUAGAGAACAAUGAGAAUCCAGCCACUACCAAUCUGCCUCCUGAGAUCAUAGAUGUGGACGUUGGCCUGGUAGAAAUAGGAAGACGGACAAAGCCCACUGUGAGGAUCAAUGUUCGAAUCAGUAAUCCAGGAGAGACCGUGAUAGUUGUCCAAUACUACAACCCGUCCUCUGCUCCAUUUGAUGUGCCUGUCACUCUGGAAGUCAAUGGAAACAUCUAUAAAGGCACAUUCCGUGCAGACUACUGCCCAGGGGUAUCAGGCUGUAGAGCAGUGGUCAGAUGGGACGGUACACUGGACCCUACCAUUGUGGACAUCCCCUAUAAUGACUUCAGCCUUGUAUUCAAUAACACUGCUGACAGUCAGCUGUGGUUGGACUACAUCCUGGCCAUCCCUUCAUUCCAAUAUGACACCCAGGUACUGCAGCCUCAGCCCAUUGAUAAGGCAGGAGAGUUCUUGCUGGAGUGUGCUGGAGACAACUUCAAUAUCAGUCCUGACAGUCCCUCAGUGAAACCAUUUUGUCGCCGUGCCCUGUUCUCUCUGACCACUGACUACAACAAUGGCGGUCUGCAAUGUAACUGCAACUCAGACGGCAGCCAGAGUUUCCAAUGUAAUGAGUUUGGAGGCCAGUGCAGAUGUAAACCUAAUGUCAUUGGAAGGAAAUGUACUCAGUGCCGUACUGGAUACUUUGGAUUCCCUGACUGUCGACCAUGUGACUGCCCACUGGGACUCUGUGACCCAGUCAGUGGACGUUGUGUGUGCCCAGCCAAGGUGACCGGUCAAAACUGUGACACCUGCCUUCCUCAGACCUUUGCCUAUGACCCCAUCGUUGGCUGUGAGGACUGUAACUGUGACCCCAGCGGAGUGGUCAGCUCCCAGUUUGGUGGAGAGCUGGACUGUGAUCUCCAGACUGGACAGUGUAAUUGCAAGGCCAAUGUGGAUGGACGCAGGUGUGAUAAAUGUACUGCUGGUCACUAUAACUUCCCACAGUGUAGCCAGUGUAAUUGUGACACCAGGGGGACAACUGAGGAGAUUUGUGACCAGAGGCUGGGAGCUUGCUUGUGCAAGGUGAACACUGAUGGUCCACGCUGUGGCACUUGCCGUGCUGAUACUUUCUUUUUGGAAGAAAGAAACCCCAAGGGCUGUACACAAUGUUUCUGUUUUGGCAAGACCAGUAAAUGCAGCAGCUCAACUCUCUUCAGAGAACAGGUCUCUGAGAUGGAAGGCUGGCAGCUGUCCAACGGCGCCAAUCCCCAGAAGUUUGGCACCACUCUGCAGGCAGACCUGAGGGGGGAACCACUAGACCCAGAAGGGGAAGGGGUCUACUGGCUGGCUCCUGAUGAGUACCUUGGAAAUAAGAUUACCUCCUUUGGUGGAAAGCUAAUAUUUACCAUAGCAUACACCUCAGACCGUGGAGAUGCUUCAGGCACAUACAUGGAACAGGCUGAUGUUAAACUGCAGGGUAACAACUUGACCAUAGUUCACAAACUUCCAAUGCAACUGCAGCCAGGAGAACAGAAAACUGUGGAAGUAGACAUCUUGGAGACUAACUUCAUGCUGGAGUUAAGUGGUGACAUGGCAACACGAGAACAGUUCAUGCAGAUCCUGGUAGCUCUGGACUCUCUGAAGAUUAAGGCUUCCUACAACACCAGGAUGGAGUCUAGCAGGUUGAGUGAUGUGCUGUUGGAUAUUGCCACAGAAAGUGGUGCUGGUGUCCCUGCCAUGAACGUAGAGCAGUGUGCCUGCCCAGCCAACUACAGGGGAAGCUCCUGUGAGGACUGUGCAGUUGGUUACUACAGACAGGAGACUGGACCAUACCGUGGGGUGUGUGUACCAUGUGAAUGUAAUGGCCAUGCAGACCAGUGUGACCAGGAGACUGGUGUGUGCAUUGGUUGUACUGGUAACACGUAUGGGGACCACUGUGAGCUCUGUGUACAGGGUUACUAUGGUGAUCCAAGAAUUGGGGAGUGCCAGAUUUGCCCCUGUCCUCUGCCUCAAACCUCUAACAAUUUUGCCACCAGCUGUGGCCCAGAUCCUCUAGGUGUGACAGGACAGAUCAUAUGUGAGUGUAGACAAGGCUAUGAGGGAACCAGAUGUGAGAGGUGUUCUCCUGGAUUUUAUGGUGACCCCACACAACCAGGUGAGGUGUGCCGACCUUGCUCAUGCAGUGGCAACCUUGACCUCACUGACCCCAGGUCAUGUGACCGCUUUUCUGGCAUCUGCAACCUGCGGAUGUGUGAAAAUAACUCCACUGGGGACUACUGUGAGAGGUGUAAGGACUGGUUCUGGGGAGAUGCUGUGGUGGCUAAAGACUGUCAGCCCUGUACCUGUGACCAGUGUGGGUCAGUGGAGUGUGAAAACACCAAUGGUUAUUGUAACUGUAAGACCAAUGUUGUGGGCCGCAACUGUGACCGUUGUGCUCCUGGCCACUAUGGCUUUACUCGCUGUAAUGGCUGUGAGACCUGUGCCUGCGACGUGGCGUCAGUCAGCCCACAGUGUGACGAUGAGACAGGACAGUGUCAGUGUCAACCUGGAGUUGUUGGCAAAAAGUGCGAGAGAUGUCAGAAUGGAUUUUGGAACUAUGGACCAUCUGGAUGUACUAAAUGUGACUGUGAGCUAGAUGGCGCCACCACAUGUGACCCUCUGACAGGCAGCUGUCAGUGUCUGCCAGGUGUGACAGGAAAGAGGUGUGACAGGUGCUUUGACAGAUGGGUUCUCAUACCUGAGGAAGGGUGUAGAGAAUGUGACAGCUGUAUUCACAUCCUACUGGAUGAUGUAGAAUUCCUUGAUUUGGAUGUUAUCCGCUCCAUUCGUAACCUGCAGAACAUAAGUGUUGGAAUCUUCGCUCUAGAAAGACUGAACAACAUCAGUACUGCAGUGGAACAACUCAGGCCUCGUUUGGCAGACAUCAAAGUGAGUGGAGACUUGUCUGCUUUGGAGCCUCUCAAACAGGAUGUAGUGGACUUACAGAACAAGGCCCAGGAUCUGGACACAAGGGCUGAGAAUGCAGCAUUUGAUGCCGUGCGUGCAGCAGAUAAGGCCAAAACAUCCAGAGAUGCUGCCCUAGAUGCCAAGGAUCAAGUCCAAAAUGCUGCACUCCUAGCAAGAGAUGCUGUCGAAUAUGUCCAGGAUUUGUCACAGAAAAUCCAGCAGGGAUUGGAGGGCCAGAAUAUAGACGAGCUGAUAGCCAGAGGAGAGGAGAUCCUGCAGGAGAUCAAGAACAGGAACUUCUUACCAAAUGAUGACAAUGUCCAGGCAGAACUAAGAGAGGCUGAGGACUUGCUGUCCAGAGUGAAAAGUCUGAAGAGAGUUGCUGACCAACAGCAGAAUAAAACCAGAGAGUUGCAACAACGGCUGGUCACUUAUGAUGACCGUCUCAAAGAUCUCCAGGACCGGUCAGCUAGUGCCAAUCAGCAGUCCAGGGAUGCCCAGGCAUGGAAUGAUAAGAACAGACAGGAAAUAAAUCGACUGAAUACUCUGAUGGGUGAAGGCAGCAAGUUGCGUGAUGAGAUCCAGGCCCUACUAGAAAUGGCCAGUCAAAUGCUGACAGAUGCUGGCAAAUAUGUGGCAGAUGCAAGGACAGCGUAUAGAGAUAUAGAAAGGGAUUCCACCAGACUGACGCAGGCCCAGGAGCAACUGAAGAAUUACCUGCAAAGUCUUGUUGAUGAAAAUCAGAACUUGCGCCCCCUUGUGGACAAUGCAACAGUACAUGCCAACAGACUUGCUCAGCAGGCUGAUAUUUUGGCAAAUUUGAUAGCAGACACCAAGAAGGUAGCAGACAAUGCACUGAAGGCAGCCAUGGCAUAUGAGAGCAUAGCUAACUCUAUUGAAACUGCUCUCAAUGAGUCACAGAAGGCUGUAGAUGAAGCCAAGGAGGCUCUAGAACUGAGCAAGGGUAAGACAGAUGAGGCUGAUGCCAGCCUGAAGGUGAGCCAGGACCUGUUGGCCAAAGCAAAGGACCUCAAAGCUAGGGUGGUGGCUGGAGGAGACUUGAAAGACCGCCUGGACAUGGCUGUAGAUUCUACCAAAGAAGUAAUGGAUCUGAAUGCCCAAACAGAGAACAAGAUGACAGACCUCAGUCUGGGCCUGGGCAUGCUUCCAGCAAAGGGAGCCAUAGAGAAUUUGGCCAAAGAAGCAGCUGCCAAGGCCAUGGAUGCGGAGAACAAGGCGGAUGCUGCAAGGAGCAAGGUCCAGGAGAUCAUCGACAAACUCCCAGGUGACAAGGACAAACUGCAGCAGAUCAGCGAAGAUGCUGACAUGGUUAAGACAGACAUAGACGCAGCCCAGCAGCAAGUUGAGUCGUUGACAGCUCUUGUGCCAAAUGCAACCAGAGACAUCAACAAGCUGUAUGACCAGUCCAAGAGGAUAGAUGGUGUAGCAGAAGACCUCAGAAUUAAGAUAGCUGAACUGAAGGAGAAGAUAAUCCAGGCACAGGAGAGAGCAAAUAGUAUCCGUGUGGGUCUGACUGUAUUCCCCAACACCACCUUGGAGCUGCGUAACCCACAGGAACUGAAGGAUGCUGGCUCCUUCACCAAGUUGUCCACUUUUGUCAACACCACUGACACUGAUGGUCUGCUGCUUUAUGUUGGUGCAGAUGCGAAAUCUGGAGCAGCUGUGCCCACUAUGGAUUACAUGGCCCUAGAGUUGAAGGAAGGCAAACCAGUGUUCAAGUUUGACCUGGGAGAUGGGCCUGCAGAGAUAACAAGUGACAAGAAUGUGGCAGACAACAAGUGGCAUGAAAUUAUUGCAGAGAGGACUGGGCGUAGUGGGGUGCUGACAGUGAAGACAGAGAUGGAGGAGGAUGUGUUUAACGAGGGCUCCACCAAAGGUCAGAACAAUGUCCUGAACCUUGAGGACCCUGAGACCACCAAGAUCUAUGCUGCAGGAAUCCCUGAGGAUGCUCAGGUGCCAGACGUAGUGUCAAGAGAAAAGUUUGAGGGUUCUUUGGAGGGAGUCACAUUCAAUAAUAUUCCCAUAGGCCUCUGGAACUUUGAGUCAGCCUCAAAUAAUUAUGUUGGUGCCAUUGAAAGACCAACCGUACCAUCUACUUCCACAUUCCACAAGUUCAAAGGAGAUGGCUAUGUUCUUCUGGACAAGAAGCGCUUUAACCCAUCUGAGGAAAGCACAGUGAAGUUUGACUUCAAGACUUACUCUGAGAACGCUUUGUUGUUCCUGAUAGGAGACAGUGACUUUAUGUCCGUAGAGUUAGUUGGUGGGAAAGUGGUCUUCCGUUAUAAUCUAGGUGGUGGCACUGUGAGCCUGGAAUCCCCUGAAAAAUACAAUGACAACAAAGUUCAUUCCGUGGAAGCUGGGAGGUUCCAGAAAGAUGGGCUGAUAAAUGUUGAUGGGAAGAAAGUGAUUGAGGGUACAGCACCAGGCAAUGCCAAUGAACUGGGCACUGACAAGAACAUUUGGAUUGGUGGAUAUAAUGGAGUCCCUCAAGUCAAAUACCGUGACAUUGCCCAGACCAGUACAUCUUUCAGAGGUUGUCUUGGUAACAUGGAGUUGAACCAACAGACCGUCAACCUGCGUGACAAUGUAGCACAGAAAGGGUUCCAGGAUGACUGCAGAGAAGAUGUUCUGAAAGUGGUUUCAUUUGAAGCCAAGAGCCCAGGCUAUGUAGCAUAUGAUGGAGAGGCACAACCGAUCAAUGUCAACUCUAAGUUUGAGACUACAUUUAAGAUUAAAACCAAUGCUGAGGAUGGCAUGAUCCUCUAUGCAGCCAAUGAUAGAAAGGUGACGGAUGAUACCACGUCUUUCCAGACCAACUAUUUUGCGGUGUACAUGGAUGAAGGUAAAUUGACUGUUGAGAGUGAGCCAGGCAACCAGCUGACCAAGCUGCAGACAGAGGGCAAAUACAACGAUGGAAGAUGGCACUACGUUACUGUGAUCAAGGACAAGACAAAGCUGACAGUUGUUGUGGACGAUAACAUAAGACGCGAGGAAAGGGCAACGGGAACCAAGCGCCGUGUGAAGACCACCACUCCACUGUAUUUUGGUGGUGUACCUGAGGGUGCAGCCACCAUAAAAGUGGCACCAUUUGAUGGAUGUAUAGGAGAUAUUACUGUGAAUACCCUUAUAGUCAAUUUUGGCUCUGUCCCACCAGCAAGCAUGAAGAAUGUGUCCUUGGCAGGCUGCCAGGUCGCAGAUCCAGAGACACCUAGUGGCAUUUUGAUUCCCACUGCACCAACUGGCAAUGAAACCACUACUGAAUUGGCAGACAAGUGUGUCUUGCCAUUACGUCCUACACAGGCUCCACCUUCUGGUGAUGGGGACACUGGGGUCAGGUUUGGUACACAACCAUACAGCAGGCAAGAAUACAACAAACUACCUAUUGCCAAUGUCAAGAUCACUAAAAAGUUUGACAUCAGUUUUGAGAUCAUGACUACAUCGUCUGGUGGACUGCUGCUGUAUGCUGCAGACAGCAAGCACACUGAUUUCCUGGCAGCCUAUAUGAAAGAGGGCAGAGUGGUGUUUGCCUUUGACUGUGGCUCAGGCACUGCAAGGCUUCGUACCUCACAGACAUACAACGAUGGCCUGUGGCAUGAGGUACGUCUGAAGAGAAAUCGUAAGCAGGGCACCCUGAUUAUAGAUGGUAAAGAGGAGGCCCAGGGCCAGUCCACUGGGAAAGCAGCCUCCAUCAAUGUGAAGCCUCCUUACUUUAUGGGUGGUAUCAGUGAGGAGAGAGCCAAGAAGGCUGCCAGCAAUGUGGAGGAUGUAACCCAGAGCUUCAUGGGCUGUGUGAGGAGCUUUGCACUGAAUGACACUCCAUUUGGAAACCCAGACAACGAGACUGCAGUCAGCUCUUGUUCUGAUGACUAUGAAGUAGGAGCCUAUGUGGGCGCUGAUGGUGGAUAUCUCACUCUUGAUAACAAUUUCAAAGUGGGCAUAGAUCUGGACAUAGAGUUUGAGUUCCGUCCACGCACACUGUCAGGUGUGAUCAUGUCCGUGACGUCACAGAGAGGGGACUAUCUGGCUGUGCAGAUGAUAAAUGGAUCGCUUAUUGUGAAUGUGAAUAAUGGUGGAGGUGAAAUAACAGCCAAGUACACACCACCUGAUAAUGCCCGCAAUACCAUGUGUAAUGGAGAGUGGCAUGAAGUAAAAAUACAAAAAGCCAAGAAUGUGGUUGCACUGACGGUGGAUGGUUUGUUUGUGGCGCCAGCCUUUGGCAAGCAGGGCCAGUCCUCCACAGAUACCAAUGAUCCGCUGUACUUUGGUGGGGUGCCAGAUGUAACAAAGGCCAAAGGUAUCCAAACAGGUCAGCAGUUUGUGGGUUGUAUCAGAGCAGUCAAGUUCAACAAAGAGCUGAAGAACUUUGCCAUGGCAGAGACAUUUGGAGAUGUCAACCUCAACACCUGUCCCAAAUAUUAAACUGAUACAGCUAUGGCAAUGAAGAAUGGCCCACAGUGAAGACUUCUAAUAAGUGAAGUCUUUGAACCACAGUUGUCUCUGACCAGUCUAGAAUAUCUGGAUCAAAAACUGAAUAUUUUAUCAGGAACUGAAAAUGAAACAGGGGUGAUGUUAUUUGUGACGAGCUAUUGCUCUCAGUUCCAGUUUUUAUUUCACCAUACACAAAGAUAUCAGCAUUACAGUCCCAUGUGAAAUUAUUAUUGUUGAAGAAACGACUCUUGUUUUAUUGUCAAGUGCAGUUUUACCAGUGUUUGUAUUAUUAGUGAUACGUGUUUUUGUCCUGUUCCGUGAUAAGUUUUACUUCAGAUAUGAUGAUACUAAGAAAUACGAAGAUCAUGUUGUCAAACUGUGCAAAUAAUAUUCAGUGCCGUUAAGGGUAAUGAGAGAGAAUGUUAUUCAGCAGUGUUACUCAUGAGAUUAAUAAGCUUGAUAUGCUAAAUGUUUUCUUUUUAUACUGUCUUGUAUUUAGUGUCGUGUAAAUGUAGUGUUGUGUUGAGUCACAUAUGGGACAGGCUGGGUAGAGACAACUGAGACUAGUUUUGCUCAAUUUUGGAGAUUUUAACUUCCUUUUUGACAUAAGACAUUUUAGAGGAAUAUCGAUACAUAUGGUUUAAUUCCCCCCAAGUAAACAAAGCAAUGAGAGGAAGAACUGUGAAUCAUUCGGUUAACAAAUCGUUUGGACACUAAGACAUGUAAACAUGAAGGCCCAAAAAGUUCUUUACUUUGCAAGAUCUUAAGCAAAAUUUUAAUCUUAAAAAAAAGACUUGGGACCGACUUUGAGCAUCACUAUGACAGAAAAAUAACAAAAUCUCUGCUUUGUUUUAUUUCUUAAGGAUACUUGUUUUAAGAUCAAAAAGUCGAUACAGCAGUAUUAUUGAGGAUUUUAAUCACAGGUUUACGAUAUUUCUUUAGGUGUGAAUCCUUCCAAAAGUAUUGUGAUAAGUGAUGUCAAGUUCCAUCCAGCUUAUCCGCAAAAUAAAAAGAAAACUUAGCAGAACAA